UCCGUUUGGAGGGCCAUGCAGCCCUAAGACUUCGCCCCACCCCUCUCUCUCAAUAAAUAUUGGGACACCCUACUCCUAGACGGAGUACGGGCAAAAUUGAGGGCUCAGGCAAAGUGGAAGGGGCGAGGGGUGAAAUGGGAUUGGGCCUUGGAGUUAGUCUAGCUUCCACUUUCACUCCAGUCCAGAGAGCGGAGCGCUUUGGUGAUGAGAAAUAAGCAGAUGAAACCUGAUGCACAUGGAGUAGAUACUAACCAGUGACUCGGACACACAUUGAAAAUAUUCCAACUUGUUAGUUUUUUAGCUAUUUGACCACAUAAAGCUGUGUCUCGUGGCUUCUGUCCCUUCAUACAUGAACUAAAACCACUUCAAAGCCCUAUAGUGGCAUUAUUUACUAAAAGAAAAUAGGAGAGAGUAAGAUGAGAUCAUUUUACAGCGCAAACUCUUUCUCUACCGCACAGCAGCUUCUGCACACACUACUUGAGCACCUCUAAAGGAACAGUGCACUUUUACUGGCCAUUACACCCUGCAAGAUUCCCAGUCUUUGCAAAAUCAUAGUCUGUGGCUAAAAACUCAGUUAUGGCACAUUGUCUUUAGAUGUCAGAGGAUCAGGCUUUAGUAUUUUAAGUCUUUUCAGAGUCAAAGUCUUCUAGUGUAUGGUUGGCAUUAGCUGUCAACGGCGUUCUCCCUCAGAUGUGGCUCGAUCUUUAACAGGCAAUGCACUGACCGAGCAUUUCAGCCAGGCAACACCUUCGUAACGUUGGCAGAUGGAGUAGUAAUUUGUUGAUUGUAGGGACGAGAGUUGAGAGGCGAAUUGAUUUCAUUCAGGAUAUUUUGGUUUUCAAUUCAGAAACAUUUUUUGUGAACAAAGAACAAUUCGAUUCAAUGCACUGAACAGCAGUUUGAUUCAAUGAUUUGAUUGAGCAAUUCAAGCACCUUCAAAAGUUAUUAUAAUUAAUUAAUAGUAUUGAUAAAACUAAGGCGUCCCCUGAUGUUUCUUUGCCAAAAACCUGAAGCGUUUGGAAAUGAUCCAUGAGUCAUGGAGUGAGAAAGAAGACUGCAGUUUAGGGCGCAGUAGCCCUCAUUAGUUGUUCUGUGAGUUCUAGUUCAGUACAUCUUACACAGUGUGUACUUUUCCAGGUAAAGAGCUUUGUUUUGCUCUUUGCCGCACCUCCCGCUUCAUUCAUGUCGUCUGUGUGAAAACAGAGUGACUGGUCGGUGAGUGAAGGUGCAAAAAAAUAGUCGGUGAAAAAGUCUUGAACAGCAGUGCUUUUAGCUAAGCAGCUGACUGCAAUGCCAGUGUGUGUCAGCAUUGUCAUUAUUGGCCAACUACACUACAGAGCAUUUACAAGAUCAUAAAUUCAUUUCAAACCAAAAAGAUUGCUGUUUCGUUCCUGAGCAGUUGUUUGUAAAUCUCUCAUGCUGCGUUCGCAUCCACUGUUAGCUUAUAAAUGAUGCCUGAUCCGCUCAUCACUCAGCCACUGUGAGGCCGAAGUCUGGGGAGAAUCACACUUUAUUUAUUUUUUUAAUAUCGUGUGUAUUUGUUAAUACAAGUUUGUAAGUGUGCCCUUGUUUAUACACAACAAUAUGAAAUAUUUUGGAUUAAAAAUAGGACAAAAUGGUCAUUAAAACGUGUUAAAACCAAUUAAGCUUGGAUGGCUGUCAGUAUACGUGAGGAGAACUUGUGGGGAAAAGUGUAGACUGUGUGAAAAUACUGUUCUUCCUUUUACAGUUGAUGUUAUUUUGUCUUGGAAUAUAGACGACACAUUAGCUAAAGACCCACUGUAACAGACCGUUUGUCAAAAAUGUGUUGAAUUGAGGCACCUGUGCAUUGUAUUCAUUUGAUUUAUCAAUUUAUGAAGUGAAUUAUUACACCUCUGGGCUAAAGACGCAAUGCUCUCGAGCUAAAUAAACGUUCAAAGUGGAACACAGAUGGCUCUGUUUGUUUGCGUGUGUGGCUAUGAUGGUUACUUCUUUAAUUACAGAAGACAGAAACUGUGGUAGUUUGUUACUGAUUUUAAACAGUUAGCGUAUAAUCUUAUCCUGUGAGUUUUCAGUGUAGCUUGUUUCUUCUUGGGGUUAUUUUGGUGUAAAUAUCCUCCUGCAACCCUCCUGGGCGUGAAGGCUCUGUUAAAUUUAGGCCAGUUACGUAUGACUUUGCGCUUGCGUAUGUGAGUGUGUGCUGAAUGCAGGCUUGGAGGCCAUACUGUGCUACACACUCUUUCAGAAACACUGAGUCAUGCUUGUUUUGCCCCCCUGUCUUUACCCUCCAUAGAGGUGUAUUUUUAAAGGGGGUGGGGGUUUGGGUGGCUGUGUCUGAUUUAGGCUGUGCAAACUAUGCAUGAAACCAGACAGAGUAAUUGUAAUGUCACUAGUGCUGCCUGUGAGGUGAUGAAUGCAGUGGAGGAAGAGUUACCAGCGGACAUUAUCUCAACUGUUGAAUUUAACUACUCGGGGGAACUACUAGCUACAGGAGACAAAGGUGGAAGAGUCGUCAUAUUUCAGCGAGAACAAGAGAGUAAAAAUCGCCCACUCUCAAGAGGAGAGUACAAUGUGUACAGCACUUUCCAGAGUCAUGAACCGGAGUUUGAUUAUUUGAAAAGUUUAGAAAUUGAAGAGAAAAUCAAUAAAAUCAGAUGGCUACCCCAACAGAACGCUGCUCACUUUCUGCUCUCCACAAACGACAAAACCAUCAAGCUGUGGAAGAUCAGCGAAAGAGACAAACGAGCAGAGGGCUACAAUCUGAAAGAUGAAGAUGGGCGUUUGAGAGAUCCUUUUAGAAUCACAACACUAAGGGUGCCUGUGCUGAUGCCAAUGGACCUGAUGGUGGAAGCCAGCCCCCGCAGAAUAUUUGCAAAUGCACACACAUAUCACAUCAACUCCAUUUCAGUAAAUAGCGAUCAUGAAACAUACCUGUCUGCAGAUGACCUAAGAAUAAACCUAUGGCACUUAGAAAUCACAGAUAGAAGUUUUAACAUUGUAGAUAUAAAGCCUGCCAAUAUGGAGGAGCUGACGGAGGUGAUCACGGCUGCAGAGUGCCACCCUCACCAGUGCAACGUGUUUGUGUACAGCAGCAGCAAGGGCACCAUCCGCCUCUGCGACAUGCGGGCGGCAGCCCUCUGCGAUAGACAUAGCAAAUUUUUCGAAGAACCUGAAGAUCCGAGCAGCCGAUCGUUCUUCUCAGAAAUCAUCUCCUCCAUAUCUGACGUCAAGUUCAGCCACAGUGGCCGAUACAUGAUGACCCGAGACUACCUUUCCGUGAAGGUGUGGGACCUCAACAUGGAGAACCGGCCUGUAGAGACCUACCAGGUACAUGAAUACCUUCGUAGCAAGCUGUGCUCGUUGUAUGAAAACGACUGCAUUUUUGACAAGUUCGAGUGCUGCUGGAAUGGAUCAGACAGUGCCAUUAUGACCGGCUCCUACAACAACUUCUUCAGGAUGUUUGACCGGAACACACGCCGGGACAUCACGCUGGAGGCGUCCCGGGAGAACAGCAAACCGCGUGCCAUGCUCAAACCACGCAAAGUGUGCACCGGAGGCAAACGGAAGAAGGACGAGAUCAGCGUGGACAGCCUGGACUUCAACAAGAAGAUCCUGCACACUGCCUGGCACCCAAAAGAGAACGUCAUAGCAGUGGCUGCCACCAACAACCUGUAUAUAUUCCAGGACAAAAUUAACUAA